CGCACACGAGUGGCAGACACUGCUAGGAGGAGCUAGGGGGAGUAGUUGGUAGCUCCGUGCUGCCUGCUUGGUGGCGUGGACUUCACUCACUCGGGAACGCGUCGUACUUUCAAGCGCUUCCGAAGUUCUUACGCCAAGUAGAAGGCCGCGCAACCCCCAACUAAACGCCCGGCUGACGGAAACUUUGCACCCGCGGGGUCGAAAAGAGACUUUUCGAGGCUCGCGGGCGUGCGCGGCGUUGAGGCGAGAGAGCUAGCCUGCUCGGUGGCUAACAGUUAGCGUCGACUUCAGCUAGGUGGCUAACACGUAGCGUCGACUUCAGCUAGGUGGCUAACACGUAGCCGCCUGGAGCCGCUUCGGCUAGCUGGCUAGAGAGCUAGCGAGCUAUCGAGCUCUCGAGCUCCAGCCUCCCCCCACCCCCCAAAAGUUGUUUACCUCGACUUGCGGAUGUGCCGGCCCCGCGAGCUUUUGUCCGCUGUUCUCUGGGACCCAAAGUUCACCCUGGACGAAAGCGCGGCGGCUGGAGGGAAACGAGCAGGAUGUCGAGCGAGCUUGAAAGCGGCCGCCUCGACUCCAGUUUGACAGCGGCGGCGAGCUCCGCCGCUGGACCCGCGCGGCAGAACCAGAACCCCCGCAACAAGCCCGCGGAGGAAGGCGAAGCGAGCGACGCGGCCAAGAAUGUCGUGGAGGCUCCGCCGCCCAAAGUCAACGCGUGGACGCGGAGGACGACGGGCAGGGUGCCGCUCCACGGCGGCCACUCGGCGGCCUCGCAAGACAGAGAUCAACAGAACGCUCUGAAGGUCGUCCGAGCCAACAAACCCAGAACCAGAAAAUCCAGCAAGUCCGGAGACUUUGGCGACAUCACAAACUGGCCGACGCCCGGUGAACUGGCCAAGGAGCAACAAAACGUCGUCAACGACGACGACGACGUCGGCGACGCCGGCAAGAAGCCCGCGCCGUCUCACCGGGACAAGGAGAAGAAGCGGGAGCGACCCGACGGCCGCCGCGACGGCGGCGGCGAGAGCAAAGAGAACCGCCGGACGCCCCGGCCUCGCGCCGAGCCGCCGCCGCCGCCCGACGAGGACGAGGAGGCGGGACGCGACGUCAAGAGCUCCGGCCCCAAGAAGAGAGGAGGCAACAAACGAAAGUGGGUGUCGCUGCCGCUGGAUGACGCCGCCCGAGAAGACGGCGGCGGCGGGACGCCCGGCGGGGCCCCCGCGCCCUCCGACGCGGAGCCCGGCGGCGACUCGCCCGACCCGACGUCGCCCCGCCACGCGCUGCGUAGCGACGACGACGACAACAGAGCGCACGACGGCGGCAGGAGUCGGAGGAGGGAGCCCCGCGACCCGGGAGACGACGCGGCCGGCGCGAGGAGCGACGGCGGCCGCGGGGGCGUCCGAGGCCGGGGCAGAGGACGCGGACGCGGCAGAGGUCGCGGCAGAGGUCGCUUCGAGUACUCGCAGGGUUACCGCGACGGAACGGACGGCUCGGACGCGGCCGCCGAACGCGGCGACGGCGGGAUGGUUUACUACUACGACGACGGAAACAAAGUACAGAUGUACACGGUGGACGAGAAGCUUCUCAAGGAGUACAUCAAACGACAAAUCGAGUACUACUUCAGCUUGCACAACCUGGAGCGUGACUUUUUUCUGAGGAGGAAAAUGGACGCGCAGGGCUUCCUGCCCAUCUCGCUCAUCGCCAGCUUCCACCGCGUGCAAGCGCUCACUGCCGACGUGGGCCUCAUCGCGGAGGCCCUGAAGAACAGCAAGGAGGUGGAGCUGAUGGACGACAGGGUCCGUUGCAGAGCGGACCCCGAGCGCUGGCCCAUUCCCGCGCCGCCCGCGGUGGGAUCGCCCAGGACGGACUUCUCGCAGCUGGUCCACUGUCCCGAGUUUGUUCCGCGACAGAGCGUCGCCGUUGCAAACACCGCUGCAUCGCCCGUCAAGGAGACCCCGACUGAAUCCGCAGAGCCUCAAGACCCCGUCGAGGGGUCCCGACCUUCCAGCCGGGAGCAGGCCCCCCCUACCGGCGCCCCAAAAGACGCCCCCGACGCCUGGAUCCAGGUGGAGAAACGUCACCGACACGCCUCCGGGAAAACAAAGGACCGCAGCGAGGCGCCGUACCCCCAACCCCGCCGGCACGCCGACGCCCCCCCAGAGCCCGAUCAGGAGGAGCUGGACUUCAUGUUCGACGAGGAGAUGGCCCAGAUGGCGCCGCGCAAGAACCGCUUCACCGACUGGUCGGACGAGGACGACUCGGACUACGAGCUGGACGACCGGGACGUCGACAAGAUCCUGAUCGUCACGCAGACGCCGCCCUACCUGCGCAAGCAUCCCGGCGGCGACCGCACCGGCAACCACGAGUCGCGCGCCAAGCUGACCGCCGACCUGGUCAAGGCCAUCAACGACGGCCUCUACUACUACGAGCAGGACCUGUGGAAGGGAGAGGAGCAGGCCGACUGCGCCAAGCAGGAAGUGGAGAGCUUCAAGAAGCUAAGCGUCAUCAGCCAGGAUGAGUUUGACACGCUCGCACCCAAAGCACCCGUGGACCCCAACCAGGAAGUGCCAUCCUUGCCAGCUGCCGUGCCCAGCGAGACCGAAAUGGCUCGCUCGUUGCCCAAAACGGUGCCAGAGUCGCCCUGCGCCCACCAACCCAGAACCCCGAGGACACCGCGCACCCCCGGGCGCCAGGACCCCACCAAGGCGCCGCGGUUUUACCCGGUGAUGAAGGAGAGCGGCGCCGUGGACGGACAGAUGCCCAGGAAGAAGAAGACCCGGCACAGUUCCAACCCGCCGCAGGAGGCGCACAUCGGCUGGGUGAUGGACUCGCGCGAGCACCGACUGCGUUCCGCCUCCAUCGGCAGCUCCAACGCGUCGCCCUCGGAAGGCGCGCCGCUGACGGGGAGUUACGGCUGCACGCCGCAGUCGCUGCCCAACUUCUGGCACCCGUCGCAUCAGCUGCUGCGGGACAACGGCUUCACGCAGCAGGGCUACCACAAGUACAGACGGCGAUGCCUGAACGAGCGUAAGCGACUGGGCGUCGGCCAAUCGCAGGAGAUGAACACCCUGUUCCGGUUCUGGUCCUUCUUCCUGAGGGACAACUUCAACAGGAAGAUGUACGAGGAGUUCAAGCAGUUCGCGCUGGAGGACGCCAAAGACAACUACAGGUACGGCCUGGAGUGCCUGUUCCGGUACUACAGCUACGGCCUAGAGAAGAGGUUCCGCUUGGACCUGUUCAAGGACUUCCAGGAGGAGACGCUGAGGGACUUUGAGACGGGUCAGCUGUAUGGACUGGAAAAGUUCUGGGCCUUCCUCAAGUACUCCAAGAUGAAGAAUCAGUCCAUCGACCCCAAACUACAAGAGCACCUCUCCCAGUUCAAGAACCUGGAGGACUUCAGGGUGGUGCCCCCCAUGGGAGAGGAAGGAGGCCAGAGGAGACGCCAGUCGGCGGCGGGGGACGAAGGCCGGCAGCGGCGGCGGCGGCAUCCCUCCAACUCUACCUCAAAAGCGCCACCGACGCACCGCAAAGACGGAGGAGCCCACAAGAAGGCGGACGAGUCCAAAGCGGGGAAGAAGGACACGGAAUGAAGAUGGCGAGCGUGCGCGCGUGUUCACCUGACAUGUUUGUCGUUUGCGGCAUUUCACUUCCAAGCCGGUGUCGGGAUUGGCUACGCAAACGUUUACAACCUCAAAUGCAUUCCCUGCAUUUGGAUCGUCACCUUUGCCAAACUCGACCGUCGCUUGAUCUGUAAACUACCAAGAUGGCUGCCUUCCUGUGCCUUAAUCUGCUCCGCCCAGUUUUAAGUCUUUUUUCUCUUGUUUUCAAAUUCCAUCAGAUUCAAAAAAAAUAAUAAUCACAAAAUAAGCAUUUGAAUUGUGACAAUCAAGUCCUCCCUUUUAAUUCAAACAUUUUAUGCCACCUGCAAGCUUUAAAAAGUCCAUUUUGACAUAAUUUAUUUUAUUUCUGUUUUUAUUGACUUGAUUGAUAGUGCUGUCAUAACUUUUCGCUUCUUGAUUGAUUAAUUUCUGCUGGAGUGAUGGGUUUGAGCUUUGCCACGUAAAUAAAACCUUAAGUCUUUGUACUUUUUUGCUCAAAGUUUACUUGAUAUUGCGCUUGAGGCUUUUGGGUGCUUUUAGAGCACUUAAAUUGCUUUUUAUUUUACUUAUUACUUCAAUGGACUUCAAAUGGAGGUUUUAGUUGAAUGAAAAGAAAAAAUGUAAAUACUAUAAAAAAAAAAAAAUCUUUGGCUAUUGAGGUAUUUGGGGAUUUUUAGGAAGUGCUUGAUUGUAGUUUGUUUUUUGUGAGCAUGUGUCUUGGGGGGGGGGGGGGGUAAAGUAUUGCAUGUUAGUACCUUGAAAUGUACUGUAAAAAAUGCCCAAAAAAAUGAAAUAAAAAUGGAUUGUAUAAAUGUA